AUGUCAAUAUCUUCACCUUCAAGUCGGACGGCUGUCCCUGUUUCCAAUGAUGAUGUUGACUCGAUGCGGAUAGGCGCAGCAAACCAGACGAGCCUUGCUUUUAUAGGGGGUCACCAACCAUCGUGGAUGGCGUCUGGUGCUUCACCUGCAACUGCAACUGCAACUGCUCCCGCCGUCUUAUCCAAAGGCCCUACACGUAUUCGAAAGAGGAAACUAUUGCCAAAUGGCCACUUCAAAAACUUAUCAGUGCGGCCAAGCUCCAUUACAGCCAAUGUCAUACUCCAAACACAAGAGCAGCCGGCGCAAGGUUCCAUGGAAGAUGCUGAAAAUCGCAGUCCUGACGUGAACAAUGGUGAUGCUUCUUCUUCUUCGGUGCCUCUGGCAUCAGUACCAAUGGACUCGAACGUAUCGACAAGCAUCAGUCCCCAGGCCACGCCCAACCAUCCAUCGUCACCAAAACAGACCGACUUGAGGGAAGAACAUUUAUCUAGCCACAAUGCUACUCAAGACUAUCCCACAAGCAAUGAGUUAGCUAGUAGUGCGGAGAUGGCGCAACAGCAGUACCACGGCCAACACCCGAGCCGUCCAACCUCUGAGUCUCAUACACCUCUGGUGAAUCGACCACCUCCACCACAAAACUUUGGCAACUUUUACCAGCCAGGAGAACCGCUUCCCCAACAGAUCACUGUCGGGGGCUUCGUCUAUCAACGUCUGGAUGCUGCUCCUCCUGUUCUCCCGUCCACCCCUGUGUACAUGCACACAGCAUCUCAAGCACACUUUGUCCAUGAUGCUCCCAACGACGGUCACCUCUCAAAUCAGUGCUCUCCGCAAGACAUCAGGAUGGCAAGAGAUCACAUGGUUGUGUGGCGACAGGCUCUCAUCGAGUUCAUGAAUAAGCCUAGUGGCCCGCGUGGCAGCACAAGGACUUUGGAAGCAUGGCGCUGUUCUGUCAUGAUUGACGCCUGCAAAAGCAACGAUGUGAUUUGCCUGGCCCUCCAUCAGUUUUAUUGUCUUUGUUGGAGAAUGUUCGGGCCCGGUGAUGCCUAUGUGGCACAAGAAUUCGCCAACGCUCUCCAAGCGGACAAGGCACACGAGAUGCAGGCCGCGAUGCAGCCCUCUAAUUGGGCCUACCUUCGACAAGGGCGGGAAAAUAUCAAACGGAGAUAUGUAGCCAUUACAAGCCGUUUAAUCUCGCAAUCUAAUAAUACAGUCGCCAGAUACACAGCUGCACAGGCGCCGUCCGGUCCGACGGCGAGUGCCAACCAGAGCCACAACACAGCGACUGCUGCACCAGUGUCUUCGAUUCCCUUCGGCGAGCCAGUUCCCUCAGUCAGCACAUCAUCGCACGCCAGUUGGAACUCAUUAGCCAAGCCUGUUCGUCAACAUCACCUUGACACACGGCAAAUGCCUCCGAGCACACGGGCCGAAAUGCCACAAGCACCACAGAAUGCCUCAUUGGGUACGAGAUUCUCGGUCACUCCUCUUGGCGAGGCAGAGUAUCCUCAGAAUCCCUAUGAUUGGACGUCAGUUCAGUCUGGCCUUCACCUGGCUCGAACACGCAGCCCGGAGAGAGUCAGUGCCGGGGGCACUAAGAGCUGGGCUCGAUACUACCAGUUUCUUGACCGAUUUGCGCUUGAACCAACUGCCCUAAUUCGCCAAAAGGGAAUCAUCCAAACGCUUGAAUUUGCAGUAUCAGCAACUGAGUUUGCAGAAAAGUCUCAGCCAAUAUACUCAAAACAAUGCACAUCUCAUCAGUAUCAUCAAGGGGCCUUGCGGUACCGCCUUAAACUAAGUGGAAAGCGACCAGAGAAUGCUGCAACAAGCAUGGCAGACUGGGCUAUAUCACCUUGCACCUGGCCAGCAGAGAUUUAUAUCAAUAUCAAUGACGACCCAGUAUUUCCCCAGCGACCUCAGCAUUUCCAUCAACACUUACCGAUUGAGCUCACAGAUACGAUAAGACCGGGAAUCAACACUGUGAAGAUUAGCCUGCCCGAGAAUGUUGACAACUACAGGAGGAUUUCUACGUAUUACUUGGCUGUUGAGAUUAUUAAAAUUAUGGAUCACGAGUCGACUUCGGCUAUGGUGCUUGAUCUGGAGGCAUUUAGUGCUGAGCAGAUGAGGAGCGAAAUCAAACGGCGGAUACAGCCCAGUGAUUCGGGAUCGAACGAUGUGGUUGUUCAGGACGAGUCGCUGAGCAUAUCCUUGACAGACCCGUUCAGCGCUUGCAUGAUUGAGUCGCCUGUUCGAGGAAUACGAUGUAAGCAUCUUGAAUGCUUUGACUUGGAGAUCUGGCUGCAAACGCGUCGAGGCAAGCAAUCCCAGAGUAGAACAGAGCCAUCGCUGGCUGAUGGAUGGAAAUGCCCUAUAUGUGGUGAAUACGCUGGGCCGCGGUGUCUUCAGAAGGACGAAUAUUUGCUCAGUGUUCGACAGGGGUUGGCUCAGGCUGGCAAGACAUGGACAAAGAGCAUCAAGGUCACCGCGGAUGGUAAUUGGACUGCGACUGAAUUGCCAACGGAUAUCGAUGGGCAAGGAGGUGAUGCAACGGGGGGGAAACAAAUCAAGGUAGAACCCGAAGUCAUUGAGAUCUUGGACGACUGA